AUGCUUCCUAUUGUCCUCUAUUCGCACCCCUACGGGCCUAAUCCUUGGAAAGUGGCCAUUGUCCUGGAGGAGUUAGGCCUUCCCUAUGAAACCCGUUUUGUCAAUUUCACCGAUGUUAAGAAGGAGCCUUAUAUCAAUUUGAAUCCAAAUGGUCGCCUUCCCGCAAUUGAGGAUCCAAACAUGAGUAUUACUCUGUUCGAGUCUGGUGCUAUUGUGGAAUACCUUGUGGAACACUAUGACCCCGAAAACAAGCUCCACUAUACGGAAACCGCGGCAAAGUAUCAGAUCAAGGCAUGGCUGCAUUUUCAGGCGUCUGGCCAGGGUCCUUAUUAUGGCCAGGCAAGUUGGUUCACACGAUUUCACCCUGAACGCAUUCCUUCUGCCAUCGAGCGAUAUGGUAACGAGAUUCGCCGUGUGACUGGGGUACUUGAGUCUGUGCUGAAAACUCGGGAAUGGUUGGUUGGUGACAAGUGUACGUACGCUGACCUUUGCUUCUUGCCGUGGCAAAGAUGGGCUUCGAAAUACGCGACCAAUCCUGAAACCCUUGACGAGGACUUCCCUCAUGUUGCUGCGUGGUACAAGAAAUUGACUUCGCGCGUGGCUGUAAGGAAGGUUUUCAAGGACCAGGAUCGGGCAAUUGAGGAAGCUGAGAGGGAAAAGGCUGGUGUCUGA